CACCGCGGAUUUAACACAGGCAACGCACACGCGCCCCGCCCUAAAUCCAACUCUCAGUCGGAUACCCGCCUCUAUCCUUCCGCGGAGAACUUCGCCCAGUUGAAUUCCCGCCCUUCAACUCAAUCCUCGAUCUUCCGCCAACCCUAACAAAGAUGACAAAUAACAUAACGGCGAGCGAUAUUUCAAGAACGGCGGUUUCUUCGUCCUCCACGGCUUCGCUUCGGCACGUCUUCUCCUCGAGGUAGAUGGAGGAAAUUGGAUAUGGUGCAAGGGUUAUUCGCACCCGAGACGGAAAACGUUGUGGAGGGUAAGGGGUAAGGGGUUUAGGGUGCGGUGGAUGGCGCAUUAGGAUUUCGGUGCGAUAUGGCGGAGGUCGACAAGAACGAUAUUCCAUACGGCUUGAAUAGGAUCAGGACUCAGCGGGACGCAUCGGAAGAGCCCUGUAGCUCGGGCGGAGAUGAUUCGCCAGCCAGGGCUGGCUUUUGGGGGGGCCUUGGCAGGGAUGGGCUUCGGCUGGCGGGUCCGCGAGCUAAGGCCGCUGGUAAUGGAGGCCGGAAGUCUGGCGGCGGGAAAGGAUUCCGUAAAGGACGGAAGAUUUCUCGUUGGUUUACUUCAUAUCUUGCAUCAAAGGAUUUGAAUAAAUCUUCAAAAAGUAUUCCUCCUAACAGUGAGACAAAGAGGUCCAGUUAUUUUCCUGAUCUGAAAGAAAUAACUGAAAAUCAGUUGCUGCAAGAAACUAACUUAAAUAAAAAAGCAUGUGGCGCACAUAAAAGUUUUUCACAUGAAAUAGCGCCCAGAGGUGGUACUCAACCUGUACAGCCGCGUUCGCGGAGUUAUAGUGACUUAAAGGAGCUUUUGGGUUCAUUUCAUUCAAAGUUUGAGGCAGCUAAGGAAGAGGUGAAUGCUGACCUGGCUGCUUUUGUAGCAGAUGUUGCUAACGGUCUUGAGAAUGGCACUUUAUCAGGAGAGCAGGAAACAGCUGGCUAUCUUAUUUUACUCUCUGAGAAGUGCAUGGAAAUGCCACCUUCUAGAUUCCGGGAUGAUUGUGAGGGAAUUGUUCAGGUUCUUGCUGAGAGGUGGCAGAAGUGCCAAGGGGGAUGUAUGAAGCAGCUCUUAACACGCAUACUUUUCAUCCUAACACGCUGUAACAGGAUAUUGCAGUUCCAGAAAGAUGGUGACCCAAUUAAUGAGGAGUCUCUCAAUCGAUUCCAGCUGUGUAUUGAAAGUGUUCCUGCUUUUGACAGGAAAUGGAAUGUCAGUUCUCAGAAUGAUUAUUUUGAUAUUAACAAUUUCCUGGAGCAGGAUUGCCACGCUACACAUGAAACAGAGGAUUAUAACAAGAUCUCUGUCACCUCAGCAAGGAACCACAAAACAUUCCCGAGUGCAUGCAUAUCUACAUCUCCCGAGAACAACAACAAUGGGGAUGGUUUGCUACGGCCCCAAAGAAUUUAUGGCAUCAUUACUGAAAGGCUAUUGGACAUUUGUAAUAAUGAUUUUCUUUAUGAGAAGGAAGGUUCCGAAGUUCCUGAUUUGGUAAUCUGCAGGAUCUGUGAGGAGAAGGUUCCAGCUUCUCAUUUGGAGGCUCAUUCUUAUAUAUGUGCUUAUGCUGACAAGUGUGAUCUUGAAGGCUUUGAUUUGGAUGAACGGUUACUUAAUAUUGCGGAUGUUUUGGAACAGCUUGUGGAGUCUUACAAUCAAAGCUCUCAUGCAUCAUGCAGCAGCCCUGAAAUUUCAAGAAUCCAAAAUGCUGAUUCCAUACCUGCUUUUGAAAGUUUUUCACCCAAGGCUCAGGAUUCUCACCAAAAAAAUGAUUGGAUGUUUGAUGAUAUUCAUGAGAUGGAUACAGCUUCUAUAGAUGAUCCUCUUACACCUGCCUCUGGUCAUUGGAAGAGUCUUCUUGCUAUGAAGCUAGGAUCUUGUUUUCCAUCUUCAUCUAACGGAAGUCCAACCCCAGCUUCCUCUAUGAACACCCCUCGAUCGACCCACUUUGACUUGUUUUGGUUAGAGCAUAACAUCACCACGGAACAUGAGGAUCUAAACCAGAUGACUGAGCUAGUUGAUAUAGCUCGCAGAGUUGCACAAGUUAAUCUUGCAAGUGAUGAGGUUUUUGAGUAUCUGAAUGUGUGCUGGGAAGAUUUAUUGGAUAUUCUUCAUAACAAACCUAAAGCUCUUGUCCUAGACACUUUCGGAAGGCACAUCAGAAACUUGUUGAAGGAGAAAUAUUUGCUGGCUAUGGAGUUAGGGGAUGAAAAUAGAUUGAACAGCAUUAUCCAAAUUGAAGCCAAUGGACAUGUCUCCAGAAAUGCAUCUGAAAAUAAAAUAUCACCUCCUUUGCGUCUCUUACACAAGGAGAGGACUGGAAUUGAUGACUUUGAUCUUAUCAAACCUAUCAGCAGAGGGGCUUUUGGCAGAGUUUUUCUAGCAAGGAAACGACGGACGGGAGAUCUAUUUGCAAUAAAGGUGUUGAAGAAGUUGGAUAUGAUACGGAAGAAUGAUGUUGAGCGUAUAUUGGCUGAGCGUAACAUUUUGAUCACUGUCAGAAAUCCAUUUGUGGCUACUUUUUUGCAGGUAAGAUUCUACUACUCAUUCACAUGCAGAGAAAACCUUUAUCUGGUUAUGGAGUACCUAAAUGGAGGAGAUCUGUAUUCCCUACUUUGUAAAGUUGGUUGCUUAAAUGAGGAUAUUGUCCGCAUUUAUAUGGCAGAACUGGUUCUUGCAUUAGAUUAUUUGCACUCGCUUGGAAUCAUACAUCGCGAUCUAAAGCCUGACAACAUACUCAUAGCUAAUGAUGGACACAUCAAGCUUACAGAUUUUGGAUUGUCAAAGAUUGGCUUUAUCAACAGUGCCAUCCACUUGUCUGGGACUGCAAUAUCUGGUCCAGUUCAGUUGGAUUCCUCAGGAAGCACUCAACAGAACGGAAGAGAAAGUCAGAGUUUUGCUGUUGGGACGCCUGACUAUUUGGCACCAGAAAUUCUUCUUGGAACUGGACAUGGUUAUGCUGCAGACUGGUGGUCAGUCGGAGUUAUCUUAUUUGAGCUUAUAACUGGGAUCCCACCUUUCACAGCUAGCCUCCCUGAGAUGAUCUUUGACAACAUUUUAAACAGAAAAAUUCCAUGGCCACACAUUCCUGAUGAUAUGUCGCCAGAAGCCAAAGACAUAAUUGAUAGAUUACUUGUUCAAGAGCCAAACCUACGACUUGGCGCUAAAGGCGCAUCAGAGGUGAAAGUGCAUCCUUUUUUCAAAGAAAUUGAUUGGGAGAAUCUAGCGCUGCAGAAGGCUGCUUUUAUCCCACAUCCUGAAGGUGCAGAUGACACAAGUUACUUUAUAUCACGUCAUCCACCUAGUACUUGCCAAAUGGAAGACAAUGAAAGCUCCGGUGACUUUACCUCAAAUGCAUAUAAUGCUAACUUAGACAUGGACCCUGUGAGCAAUGUUGAUCAAAAAAAUGAAAUGAAGUUUGACGCAAAAGUCAGACUAGAUCUUGCCUCUCUCAAUUUUUCGUUCAAGAAUCUUUCACAAUUGGCGUCAAUGAAUUUUGAUGUCCUAGUUCAAAAUGGGAAAGCUUUCAAGGGCCCUUCCCAAGUCAAAGAUGAAUGAAGAUGGUGAAAAGGAGCUCGAUAUGCAAGGCCGGUCACAUAUUGCCCCUCUUCAUUGAUCAUUUGCGCAAUUCAAGGUUCUCAUCAAUGAAUUAUGAUCUCGUUCAAUGGGUGAAAGCUUCCAAGUUUCCUUCCAAGGGAAGGGAAAGUGGCAGACCUCGUAGUGGCAGCAUUUUUGUGAAUAGCAAUCAUUCUUGUUCUCAACACAGCCAGUUUUUCCAUGUCCACAAAGCCCAUCACCAGAACAUUUUCAUUGUAUUUGAUUCUUGGGAGGAACUUACAGGUUCCCAUAAACGAUUGAGGGGGGACUUCUUUUUCUUCAUAUGAGUUCUCUGUAUUUUCGAUUCUCCUGUCUCCUCUCUGGAAGAGUGAAAUCGCUCCCCAAAGAAAUUUACACUAAUAAAUCAAUGUAGGGUUCACUUCGCUACUGUCACAAUCACAUUUCCCUAAUAAAAUCACAUCGCACUCUAUCACUUUUAUUGAACCAUCUGAACAAAAUUGGUUCUAAAUUUAUUUUUGUUU